AGAUCUCCCUCCUCCUCUGGAGGAAUCACACAGCCACUGCCGCAGAAUUCCCGUGGCCUUGAGCUCUCAGAUUCUGCGCUGGGCAGCAGGACAGUAACCUUUCUGAAGGCUUUCAGUUCAUCUGCACUUAAUUCACUGAGUGCUCUGUGUGCAGCACAGGAGUGGGUCCUGUAACCCAGAGUGAGGGCCGGACACCUUCCCUGUGCCCCCUCAGGAUUUCUCUGUGAUCAAGCCAACAGUUCAGGAUACAGGGUCCAAGGAUGAACAUUCACCGUGGCAGUGACAGCGACAGGUUAUUGCGGCCAGAGGCCAGCUGCAUAGUGGAUGACACCUUAGCUGUGGCUCAAGAAAAAGAAACAAACAGCCUGGCUUCAUCUGGUCUUCAUAAUCUCACUUAUCCCAUAGGUCCCAGGAACGAAGAUCUUUCGCUUGACUAUGCCUCUCCGCCAGCAAAUCUUCAGUUUUCUCACAUGAUGCCACUUCCCGAGGACAUCAAAGGCUCUUGCUUCCAAAGUGGGGGUAAACGGAACCACGAACCCUUUCUUGCCCCAGAAAGAUUUGGAAAUAGUGUGGGCUUUGGUAGUAACGCUCAUUCCCAAGCACCAGAGAAAGUGACACUUCUUGUGGAUGGCGCACGGUUCAUUGUGAAUCCACAGAUCUUCACCGCUCAUCCGGACACCAUGUUGGGAAGGAUGUUUGGACCAGGAAGAGAGUACAACUUCACGCGGCCCAAUGAGAAGGGAGAGUAUGAGAUUGCCGAAGGAAUCAGCGCAACUGUAUUUCGCACAGUGCUGGAUUAUUACAAAACUGGUAUCAUCAAUUGUCCAGAUGGCAUCUCUAUCCCAGACCUUAGAGACACAUGUGAUUAUCUCUGCAUUAAUUUUGACUUCAACACUAUCCGAUGUCAAGAUCUGAGUGCUUUACUGCACGAACUGUCUAACGAUGGUGCUCACAAGCAGUUUGAUCACUACCUCGAAGAGCUGAUCCUGCCCAUCAUGGUGGGCUGUGCCAAGAAAGGGGAGCGAGAGUGCCACAUCGUCGUACUGACGGACGAGGAUUCUGUGGACUGGGAUGAAGACCAUCCCCCACCCAUGGGAGAAGAAUAUUCCCAAAUUCUUUAUAGCUCCAAGCUCUACAGAUUCUUCAAAUAUAUUGAGAAUCGAGAUGUUGCUAAAACAGUGUUAAAGGAACGGGGCCUGAAAAACAUUCGCAUUGGGAUUGAAGGUUACCCUACCUGUAAAGAAAAAAUAAAGAGAAGACCUGGCGGUCGGUCUGAAGUUAUCUAUAAUUACGUGCAGCGUCCCUUUAUCCAGAUGUCAUGGGAAAAGGAAGAAGGGAAGAGUCGCCACGUGGAUUUCCAGUGUGUUCGAAGCAAGUCCCUCACCAACCUGGUAGGUGCCGGCGAGGACAUCUUGGAGGACCCGGAGAUGCUCAUGCACCACCCGCCACAAGUGGACGAACUCGACCGGCUCAAUGCCCCCCUUGUUCAGAUGGUUUCUCAUGACUUCCAGGAUUAGGGGUGUAUGGGUCGGCCCCUCUCCAGGGCUCUUCCAUGUGGGACGCCCAUGGCCAGGCUCCCAUCCUCCCCAUGGCUGUGUCACCCUGACACGCACCUCCCCUACCUUUGGCUUUCCUGUAAUUAACAUGUGUCCUGUUCCAUAAGUCUGAGUCUCUGGCAGGGGAUGAAGACGCGCUCUGGUAAUCAGGCUCCCAGCUUUCCAGCGGCCCUGGUAACUGGAAAAAUUGGGGUCUGGUACUGUUCACUGAGUCUGCAUAGCUACAAAUGCAAGCAGGAAAGGAAGCCAAGGCUCCUAUUGCCUCAGCAAAGCAGUCCUCAUCCUUUCCACUCUGCUUUUGUUGGUUUUGUCUUAUAUCAGGCAAAUGCGUAGUAAGCAGCAAAGGGACCAAAGGUAAAAAGAGACAUCUCUGUCUUCUGAAAGCUGGCACUGAGAUGCUCAUGAGAAGUUAAUGAAGUCCCAUUCCUAGGGCCUCUGCACCCAGACUGCAUCGAGAAAGGACAGGCUCACUCGAAAUCUCAAAAGGAAAUUCCUAAGAGCUGAAAUUCAGCUUCCUCAUUAAUGCAGUGAACAAUUCAAAACCACACAAGACAAGUUCUUCAGCGGAAGAAUGACAUAAUGAUGUAGGAACUCAAAUUGCCGACUGACUGGGAGACAACUCCGGGGCCUCUCCACAUCAGGCCAGUGGGUUCUCCUGGCCAGGACCCUGGGCCAGCACUUUGCUGUGGUGGGGCUGGGAGACUGGAGAUUCAGGUGAAAGGCUCACAGGGAGGGGAGCAAUUCCUCACCAGUGCCAUCCCCUUAGAUUGCUAAGGGCACCUUGGAGAAAGCGUUUGGAGUGAAACUGGCUGGGAAGCGUCACCAGCAGACUCCCAGGGCAGGAUUUCUCUACACAGGUUCUCAUACCAUGGAGUUCUGGAGGUAUCUGAAUUUUGAUUUUUAAAAUACCCUAGUAACUACUCUCACACUGGGUAAGAAAAUGACGGUGAUGUGGUCCCCCAAGGAAGGGCAAGUUGAAGGGAAGUCAGGUUCAGGUGUCAUCUGGUUGCUGUCAGCUCUAUUAACACUGUUUGGUUGGUGACAGUCCAGAUCAGCCUCCUGGACCCUACCUUCCUCUGACAGCUCUGUGGUUGUUAGCAGCAGAGCUAAAUUUAGUCCCAAAGCCAGGCAGGUGUGUGGGAAUUAACCUCCCACUUCUGGUCAGAGUCGUCCACACCGUAGACUGAAUAGGCACAUAGUUUCCUUCCAGUUCUUUUAAGAACACAACGCGUUUUCUUAAAUUCCUUUCCCAUAAGAUGCUGUAGGACAAGCUACUUGAUUCUUCCAAAAAUAAAGUUGGGUGUUGAGAGCCCCUUUUUCCCAGCCUGAGGAAUAAGAAAUGUUUCCUUUUGGCCCCAAACUUGUGGCUGUUCUCCUGCCUCCACCUCCCAAGUGCUAGGAUCACAGGCUUGUGCCACCACCAGUGGCUUAAGAAUGGUUUUUGGUUUUUUUUCUGGUACUGGAGACUGAACUUGGGACCUUGCGCUUGUGAGGCAGGUGUUGCACCACUGAGCUACAUCUCUGGCCCCCUGGCUUAAGAAUGUCCUUAAGGAGCGUGUUCUGGGUGCUUGUGGCCAGCAUCACAAGGAAUCAAUGUUCUGUUCCUUACUGGGAAAACAGCAGUCAGACUGAGCCAUCUGUCACCUAGUUUUGAUCACCAUUGGUGUCUAUUUGUGGAGCCGGUGGCCAGCAUAGGGGUGAGGGUUAUUUGUAACCAAGUGGCUCCAAUUUAGGUCAGGCAUAGCCUUGGCCUUGCCAGCAGCACGUCCAUACCCAUUAGCAGCUUACCUGCCCCGGUGCUUCCUUCACACUUCUCAGUGGCUUCCAUGCCAUUGCAGAGGAAAUUUGAAUCCCCCCCCAUUUCUGUGUUGACGAUGUGAGUAACUAGUGUAAACAUGCCACAGUUAACACUUUAAUUAGUUCCUGCUAGGUACAAAGUUAGGAAAGUAGGGUGUGUACUUGAUGCUUUGUUUUGUGUAACUGAUUAUUUUUCUCAGGCUUAGCGAUCUUCCCUACAGCCACAUUCUAAGUUAACUUGCUUUUGGCCCCAACCAGUAGUUUGAGGACGUGGAAAUGUGGUUUGUCUGCAAGUGUCAUCAAGUGGUGGUGACUAAACGAAAAAGUGACCAUAGGUUCCUUCUGAUAGAGCAGUUUCUGUACCCCCCACCUCACCCCCCACCUAGACCUUAACGUCUUUCUAACUUGGUGGCCCCUCAGUUCCUGUGGGAAUGAGGCCUAGGCUACAGUCAUCCCCUUCAGUCAGUUACUGGCCAGAUAGGUAGAAGGUAACUUGGGUUUGGUGUCUCUUUAAGUGCCUAAAUAAGUAAGCCAAGCUGUUCAUACAUUUUUGUAAGAAAUUAUUUCACCCAGAGUAUCUUAGAGCUUCUCAGCAAGCCAAGAUGAACCAGAAUUUGAGGUUUAGAGUUGGCUAGGAAACAUUAGCCAUUGAGAGCACAAGGAGACAGUGUUAAAAUGUCACAUUAUUUGAUGGUUUCUUCAAAGUGAAAGAAAGGUAUUGAAGGAAUGACAGCAAGGAUAAGAAAGUAAGUAGCUGGAUUUCCUGCACAAUAUAUGAUGGCCAAAAUUAUUUUAAACUGAAUCUUGAAGACAGUAUGUUAUCUAAUGUAUACAGGUCUGUAGGGCUGGGGUUGUAGCUUAGUGGUGCUGCAUUCUGCCUGGCAAGCGCAAGGUCCUGAGUUUGAUUCCUGGUACCAAAAAAACAAGUCUAUGAAAGUACUGUGGAAUAAGCUCAGUGAGGACAGGUGUCUCUUCAGUUAGUGUUUCAAAGGGUCCCUCUUUAAAUAAAAACUCAGAGCACAGGCUUUAACUUAGACUCUGUCAUCCAGUGUAAUGUGAAAUCUUUUUUUUUAAAUCCUGAGUUUUUAGUAAGCAUUAAUGCCACUUCUUGCCAUUGCUUGGAACCUGUUAAAGUGGACAUAGCUCAGACAGCAAACUGAUGCCUUGGUGGGGAUGGAGCGUGCCGUGUUUGGGAUGGUGGGAUCACCUUUGCUAAAGGAGAGCUACAUCUCCUAAAGGCAAAGUGCUUGUUAGGUGUCGCCUCUUUACCUUGAGUUUAAAGUUGCACUUGUUCACCUACCAGUGUUUACGAAAUCCUACAUUUGGGAUGCUUUUUUCUAUAAUAAAAUAUUAUUAUUUGUGUGUC